AUGGUGGGGCCGGCGCGGCACGAAUGCCCCUGGGGCUUCCACUGGCUCAAUCCGUACCAGAAGGACCAGUGCGUGCGGAUGGCGUACAAGCCGCGACAGCACCCGGACACAAUCCGCAAGGAGUUUGGUUGGUUUCUGCCCGAAAAAACGAGCGCGCCCAAGCCCCCGACUACGCCCCGGUAUCCAGGCGGCCAAAUGCCGUGGGAAGACGACGUGAUACCGGUGGGACCGACACCUUUUCCACUUGCACCAACCUUUAAGCCUGAUUCCGAACCCGAUAUCGGGAUCGAUACCCCUGAUGAGGAGGAAACCUCAGAACCGGAUGUGAAUGCGACAAAAACAACAGAUGGACCAGGCACGACCGCACCACCACCAGGUGGGACCACACUGCCAGCAGAGGGAGGAGGCAAGCCUCCAGAGGGAGGAGGCAAGCCGCCAGAGGGAGGAGACAAGCCCCCAGAGGGAGGAGACAAGCCCCCAGAGGGAGGAGACAAGCCCCCAGAGGGAGGAGACAAGCCCCCAGAGGGAGGAGAUACACCUCCAGAGGGCGAAGACGCACCAGCAGAGGGUGGAGACGCACCAGCAGAGGGUGGAGACGCACCAGCAGAGGGUGGAGACGCACCAGCAGAGGGGGAGGCACCUGCAGAAGGUGGAGACGCACCUGCGGAGGGGGAGGCACCUGCAGAAGGUGGAGACGCACCUGCGGAAGGCGGAGACGCCCCUGCAGAAGGCGGAGACGCACCAGCAGAAGGCGCCGGAGAAGGAAGAACCGCCCCCAAAAAAUCGCAGUCCCACCCAAAGUCCGAUCAGCGUCAAGCGAACCCAGUGCCGGCCGUGGAAUGGCACCCCUGGAGCUGGUCGAAACCAAAGAUCGGCAAAAAGGCCCCAUCGAAAGUUGCGCCCAAGGGAAAAAUCGUAAAACCUAAGAAACCGAGGACCCCCCCAAAGGCUCCUGGCUCAAAGAAACCCAAGACCAUCCCCAAGGCCACCACCAAGGUCGUGUCGUCGAGCACAAAGAAACCCAGGAAAGCGCCCAAGGCUCCAAGCAAGGCCCAGCCGAAACGCGAGAGCCUAAAGAUCGCCGAAGAAUUUCCGCUUUGGAGCUGGAAUUCGUAG